GGGGGGCCGGGCGAGGCUCUCCCUGGUGGCCGGAGAUGGAGCCAAGCCAGGCGGCGGCAGCGGCAGCAGCAGCAGCUCCAGCCGCCGCCGUGUCAGUGGAGUAACUCUCUCCGCCCGCUCGGCGCGCUCAGUCCUCCCGGAGCCAGGCGGCCCGGCGUCGGCGGAGGAGAGACGCGGCGCCCCGUCGGGGACGGCAGGGGGACUCGCUGGCUUCAAGGUAAAUGGCCGGGCUUGGCGCGGGGCGGAGGGGGCGCUCGCCCGGAUCUCUUCGUCCUCGCCGGCCUCCUUCCCCUCGGGCCGAGACCCGCCCGGAGCGGCUCCUUGGCGAGGCCCCGCGCGAAGGACGGGACGGGCGCGGAGCUCUUUGUCUGCUCGCUGGCGGCGGGGGGAGAAGCCGAGCCGAGCCGAGCCUGGAGGAAGCGGGCGGGCGCCGGAGAGACCCCUGCGCUGGGCGCGCUCUCCUUCCCGCCUGGAAACUCAGCCGAAGCGCGGCGCCGUCUCUUCCCGGGGCCUCCGGGGCGGCGAGCGGAGUUGGGCGAGGAGACCCCCGGCGUGCCUUGGUCGCGCCCGCUGCCCCUUCCUGCUCCGCCGAGCGCAGCUUGGGGGGCGGACUGGUUUCGGUGGCGGGACUGGAGGGACCGGGCGCCCCCGUGCAGCUUUGCGAGGGGCGGGUGUGCAGGGCUCGGGACGGGGCGCCGGGCACCUCUCCCGCGGGGGGCUCUUUGUGUCCGAAGAGGGCAGUCGUCCCCGAAAUCUGCCCCGUAUUGGGAAAUGUUGUGCCCCAGGAGGGGACAGAGGUGGGGGGGAAAUACAUUUUUGGAAGGGGGUAGUUCAUGAAGGGAAAAAGGUUAGUAAAGUGUGAGGGGAGAGUUAAAUAAGCAAACUAUCCCCACCCCUCUCUAAAUGUGCUUGGCCCCCUCUUGAGAACUCUGCACCAACUUCCCCUGAUUCCUACAGUCUUCUAUCUUGAUUUUACUGCAUAGAAGACUCAAGUGUUCAGAUGUUUAAUUUGUCCAGACUUUGAUUUGCUGAACUGCUUAGUUUUUGCUACAUUGGAGAAGCUCAUGAAUGCGACCUUGUUUGUUUGUUUUUCCUUUAAAGGACAUUCCUAACUAAGCUCAGGUGCAGGCAAACCCUUGAGGAGCCUUGUCCACAAAAGGACUUAUUCUAAGACUGAAAUCUUAAGGCGAAGAGUUUGCUUCUGGAAAAGCAGGCAUAGGAUCAGAGGGAUAACUGGAAAGACUGGGGGUCUGGGAGCAGAUGAAGAAGAGUUCAGCGUAUAUCCACUCAAGACUGUCUCUGUCUUUGACAGAGGACUAGACAGAUUCCUGCAGGAGAGAGCUAUUGAUGGCUACUAGCUAUGAUGGCUCUGCUCUGCUCCACAGUGGGAGGCAGCGAUGCUUCCAAACACCAGUUUCAGGGAACCACAGGAAGCUGGAACCCCUCUUGUGGGUUUCCCACAGGCAACUAGAUCCCCACUGUGAGAACAGGAUGCUGUACUAGGCGGGCUGUUGGCCUGAAGCAGCUUCUGAGAUUUCUUCUUCUUAGAUUCUUCUUCUUCUAUUUGACCCAGAGCACUGGAAUAUAGUCUUUUGGAUCCAAAGCACUGUGGAACUAUUCCGAGGCCCCCAAGAGGGAUUUGGGCUUCUGCUUCUUCAGCGACUGCACCCUCUCACCCGGUGCUGUACAGCAAGCUACUUUUAAAAGGUGGGCCUUUUGAAAAGGCAGUUGAGAGAAGUGUUUCUCCGCCCCUCCUAAUGCCAGACCCACUGAAGCUGAAGGGCAAGAGAGUCAGGAGGACAAUCUGUAGGAAAUAUGUAAGAAUCUGUGGAACGUGCUGCUGCAAGAUGUGGUGAGAGCAGCCAGCUUCAAAUGGCUUUAGAAGGAGGUUAGAAAGGUGUGUGGAGGAGGCGAAGGCUGUCAGAGGCCCCCUGCACCUGGAAGCUGCUUGCUGGGACCCAGAAUGGGAGAGCUGUUUCCCUCCUGCCCUGGCCAUGGGCUUCCUGGAAGCAUCUGAUUGGUCCCUGUGGAAAACAGGAUGCUGGACCAGGCAGGCCUUGGCUCUCUUCCACUCUCUGCAAGUCAUUUGGGGGAUUCUUACUUUGUUUUAUAUAUAACCAUUCCUCCAAGGAAUAUAGAAUGGUGUACACGACUUUUCCCCAUCCACUUUAGCCACAUGGGAUUGCAGGGGUUUGGACUGGGGGACCCUUUUGGUUCCUUCCAGCUCUACGCUUCUGAGAGGCAGGCGGGUCAGUCAGGCUGAGAGAUAGGGAAUGGCCCAAAGGCACCUGGCAACCUGAAUAGCUUAGUGGGAUUUGAAUCUGGCCUCUCCUGUCUUAAUUCAACACAGGUUAGAUUUACAGCACAGUUCCUUACAUGUUUACUCAGAAGUACGUCCCAUUUGACUUAAUGGGGCUCUCUGCCAAGUAACUUUGCAUAGGACUGUAGCCCAAAGCACAAUGCACUGCUUGGAAGUAAGUCUCAUUGAGUUUGUUGGGGCUUACUCCCAUAGCUGUAAUCCUAAACACAAUAACCUAGACUCAGAGCGUAAAGCCAGCUUUCAAGCUCUCUGCUUCUCCCAAAGAUGUAUGUUUACUCAAAAACAUGCAGAGGUUUCCACUUGGUUGUUUUUUGUGUGUGCACCUGCCAUUUAAAGGAAACACUUUUUAAUUUAAAAAAUGCUUUAUAUAGUCUUGAUUGAGCGGAUAAGACCAAUAGUGGGUCCAGUGGCCAAGACAGUGGUUUCUGCAGUGCUAUAGAGGGAAGUGAGGGGCAGAUGGGGCUCUUCCACCUGGAAGGGAGCCCGUCUAGGAGGAGGAACACACUGAUCCUAAACCUCUGCUGCCUUGCAGAAUAUCUUCAGAAGAAGAAAAGGCUAAGGAGUAAACCUUACACAAAUCUGGAGUGGAGUCCCUAUGGUUGGAGGGUGGCCUGUAUGCCUCAUUCUGGCAAUUCCUUCAGCCAAGUUGGUGCUCUGCUUUCCAUUGGACCACAUGAGUGAGGCGGGGGGUGGGGCGUCUCUUGCCAUCUGGCCAGCCCAGGACCUCCACGCACACUGCCCAGGUUUGUGCCCCAGGGAGGUCACUUUGGGGCUGCUAAUGCAGUGGUUUGACUUCACCCCCGGAGGCACACUCCAUUGUCUCUGGAGACGGACGGAUGCCAGCAACAACUCCCCCAGCAGCUAUGGCCAAUGGCCAGGGAUGAUGAGAGUUGUAGUUCAGCAAUAUCUGGAGGGCCAAAGGUUCCCCACACCUGGGCUAGCCCAACUGGUAGUGUCUCACCUGGGUCUCAGGCAAAAAAGGCUAUUCCCCAGGUGUACUUGGAGAUCUGCCCUCUCUUCUGCACUUUUGUUUUUUGUGUUGAUGAAGAAUGGUCUGUUCAUUUCCACUUUCUCUCCUUCCAACAGGGGGCAGCUGCAGCCACAGGAACCAGCCCUGAGUCACCCAAGGCAACAGGCGCACAGGGAUCCGGCUGGCACUCCCUGUGCAUGUACCCCGUGCGUUUGCCUCCCUGCAGGAGGAGGUGGUGGGUUUCCCCCUGCUUGGCAGCCACAGCCCUCACUUCCCCACCCCAGUCAUGGUGGGUCACCUGCAGUUGCAAGGAAUGGAAGACAGCUUGAAAGAGAAGAACAGAGAAGUUUUGCUGGAUAGCCCGGAUUCAGGGCUGCCCCCCAGCCCUAGUCCACCUUUCUACUCCCUGUCUCCGGGCAUCGUUGAAAAUAGACCUGGAGGCAGCAGCUCUUCCACGGAUACCCAGGGACAUGGGCACAGGAAAGAUGGCAAGGAGGGGAACGUGGUAAGAAUUCAUUCGCCACUUGGGUGUCUGAGUGCACGUUACUGUGAUUGCCCUGCUGUGUUUCGGAGAGCGGCCUCUUUGGAAAUAAUUCCACCCUGUGUGCAUAAGAACUUGCUUUAUGCAGAGUCAGACCGUCGGCCCACCUAGUUCAGCGUUCUUUACAUUGACUGGCAGAGGCUCUCUAGGCCAGGGAUUUCCCCCCAGCCCUCCCUGGAGAUACCAGGGAUUGAACCUGGGGUGUUCUGCAUGCGGAGCACCUUUGCUGGCGCUGAUGGAUGGCCUUCCCACUGCAUUCUUUAUCUCAAGCUUGGGCAGUGAUGUCCUUUUGUAGCCCCAAAAGCCUGACCAAGAGAUCUGUGCGAUUCCACAGCCUGCUGCCUUAACACGUUAACACAGGGGCUCUAAGUAAGACAGGUAACCUGAGUUCCUUCAUCAGUCCACAAAAGUUUCUUGUCGUAAAUAAGCUUUUCUGGAUACCCUACCCAAUAUGUAUUCUAGUUAUAGUUUGCCAGCGGGCCAACAGAAGAAAAAAUGUGACUGGCUGCAGAUCAGACCCAGGCCCUAGUGCAACACUUAACUACUACACAACACUGGCUAGUUAAACUUCACCUCCCCUAAAAAAACAACCCACCAUUAAUUGUAAGCCAUUUGUGAAUGGCUUGUAUGCGAUGCUAUAAUCUAAGCAGCAGCCUUUGACUCACAGGCCAGUGAGCCUUGGAUGCUGACUCAGAAUCCAUGCCCAAGCAAGAAAAAGCCUUGCGGGGCAGAAAAUCUGAAGCAAUUUUCUGUGCCUGCUUCUGGAGAGCCUGGAAAUUCAGCUGCGGGUGCCAGCGUACGCUCUAUUCUUGGCUGCUGCUGCUGCCACAAGUCUCUCCUCGCCCAACACCAGGUGACAGCAAAUAGGCAUGGCAGGGGCGCCACUGUUUGGGUUUUGAAACAGCUUCUUCUGGCGUAAGCCCAUGUGAAAAUGGAGCCCAGGAUCUCUUGCAGCAGUUGCUGCCUCUCAUUUGCGCACGGCAGGUCUCAGCCACUUGAUUUUUUCCCAGGUAAUACCCUGCUUUUCUGUCAUUUGCAAAUGGGAUCUGCAACAAGUUGUAGAAGCACAGAGGAACCCUGUUCAGUGUGCCAGCGAGCCAGUCACGCCCUCUUCCAAAAUGCUCCAUUGCAUUCUUAACCCCUUUUCAUUUUCCUUCCCCCAUCUUCACCAAAUUAGCACAGAGUCCUGGGUUCACUGAGCUUACUCCAUUCUCAUCGGAUUGCCUUUUUUUGUGGAGGGUUGGGUAAGUUCGCCUGCUUAGGUUGCUGCCCUGUAAAAUAUUAUUUCUGCUUUUGCAGACCAUGAGUUUCUCUUGGACAUGCAGAUUCCUCCCUCGUGUUUCUCAAUAGCACCGUUUUUGCUGCAGCUCUGUUGGCACUCACCAGCUGAGUUCACUGGUAAAAGGAGUGUUGUAUUCAGGGUGGCCAACAGUCUGGUUUAAAAACUACAUCAUAAAACAGACGCUCUUCCAAUAUCACCGUUAAACAGGAGGAAGACUAUCACAACAGAUUUAGAAUCAUCAGAAAUAAAUCGGCUAAAAAGUCCCAAUUCAACAACACAUAAAACUCAAACACCUGCGGAAGCACCUGGGGCUUUGGUACCCAUCUAAAUACCAGAAAAAGGAGGAGCCAGAAGGAUCUCUCCAAGGAGGGAAAGCCAGAAUUCUAAGGUCCACUGCAGAACAUAUCCUAUCUUCUGCUCUGUCUGCAAAGUGGCACUAGCUGUUUAAAACUAGGACGAGAGGGUGCAGAUUAGGUGACUUGGUUUGCCCGGUGGUGGUCUGUAGGUUCUGUGGUCACUGUUGCCUAACAGUGAGUGUAUCUUUUUUUUUUUUUGCAAUCUUAAGCAUGUAAAUCCUCCUGAAAUCAGUGAGAUUUAUGCUCUAAUCAUUAUGUUUAGGAUUGUAGCCUUAAUUUGGCUACCUUCAUGGCACAGAACUUGCAAAAUGAAAGAUAGCCACUUUAAUCCGCCAUAAGGGUCAAGAGCUCUCUUUAUAUUCAUUUAUAUACAUUGCAUUUGGAUUUUUAUUUAUUUUUUGUUUGUAGGAAGUUGUGUUUCUCUUUGUAUCUCUCUAAAUGCAGAGAAGAAGGGCUCCUAGUCUUCAUUUUAAGACCUAUUAAAGAGAAAUGGGAAGAAUGAUUAUAGUUCUGUCACUCUGGUGACCCUGGUUGAAAAGUUUGGGGCAGUAUUCUGAAAUUCUUUUGGCAACUCUGCUUACAAACAAGAGGGAAAAGAAGAUGGGGAGUGCCCCCACUUUGCUGGUGGUGCCAUACUAUGCCCAUGGGGUAACUGGGCACUGCCUGCUCCUCAACUGCCCCCCGCCGCCAUGUGCCCUGCUGGUUCCUCCAGCCAGCUUCCCAGCCAGGGUAUGGGCAAGCAUUGCCUGCUAGCCACUGCAGCCUCCGCCAAGCAGUUUCUCCCAGCUUACUUGCUGCUCAGGCAGGACUCCAGCCCAUCUUUCCUCCUGAGUUGGAAGGAGUUCUGGAGUCUCCAGGCCAACAGCUGUGUCCUGUCCCAGCUGUUUCAUAUCUGGCUUAUCAGGCAUAAUGGCACAAGAAGCAUAAUUUCUCAGGGAGAAAAGACCUGGCUCUUAAAAAAAGGUCUUCCCCAGGUGGUAAAAGGAUCUUAACAUAGGCACCCAGAAAGCCUCCUUGGGGAGGACAUUUCAGUCAGGGCACCACCACCGAAAAGGCUCUCACCUAUUUAGUUGGGGAAACCAGGUCCGGGGCAUCUGAUAAUAACUCAACGCCUGAGCAAGCUUACUCAGGAGGAGGCAACCUUCAGAGGUAGCCUGCCUCCACAGUGGGCAGCAGUGGAAUGCCAUAGCUUCCUCCAGCAGGUUUUCCCCAUGAAUAGAAGAAGCUGCUUUGAGUCACACCACUGGUUCAUUUAGCUCAGUAUGGCCUCUGCUGGCUGGCCGCCUCUCUUCGGGGUUUCAGACAGGGCUUCUUCCCAGCCUUGUCCAGAGAUGCCAGGGAUGGAAUAUGGCACUAACUGCAUUCAAUGUGUGCCCUUUACCAUGGAGACAUAGCCUUGCAGUUUGCAGUUAUUUUGAUCCACAUUUAAGAGCCCAGGGACUGUGAGAUAUUUAAUGUGGGUGAGACUCCUGCCCAGAAUUGAACAGGACCUUCUCCAAGUGACACAUUGAGUUUUUCAGCCUACUUGGCAUAACCUUGCCUCUGCUAUAUGACAUAUCAGACACUUCUAGAGUCUGAUAUGACACUCUUGGAUCUUUUUACUUCUAAAGCAGCUCAUAGUAGUGAAGCAAUUUCUUGCUUGCAUGAUACAAGUCUCCAUUGUGUGAGGAAACUGCAUGCCAUGCUUAUAUAAUGUAUAUUAAUGCACAUUAAAUAGACAUGAAGGCACCAUAAGCCUCCAGGGCCCAUCUAAAAGGCUGUAGUUGUACAGCAUUUUACUUGUGUUUUCAAUGUUUAUAUGGGCAAUUGCCUCAGAGCAACUACCAAGAAUAAAAGUUGCAUUGUGAAGAAUCCUGGGGAACAGAGAAGAAUUUAAAUGUUUCUGAAAGUUAUGGUGAAAGACUUAAGUUGCAUAAGAGUGAAAAAUUUGAAAUGCUUCUAAAUGCUUCCACUUCAUACUAUAGGAAAAUGAAGUGCAACUUUAAUUCAAUGUAAAAAUAUAAAUGUGUAGUCAAAACAGAUAAAAUUGCAAAUAUGAUACAAUGACAAACUGAUUUGCCUAUUCAGGUCAAAGUCUGAUCAAAAUCCAUCUAUGACCAAAAGAUGACAACAUUUUUUUUUCAGAGACCAGAUACAUUUCAAACUAAUUUAUCUUCUUCAGUGGUCAGAAGAAAAUUAUUUUAUGCUACAGUGGUACCUCGGGUUACAGACGCUUCAGGUUACAGACUCCGCUAACCCAGAAAUAGUACCUCGGGUUAAGAACUUUGCUUCAGGAUGAGAACAGAAAUCGCACAGCAGUGGUGCGGCGGCAGCAGGAGGCCCCAUUACCUAAAGUGGUACCUCAGGUUAAGAACAGUUUCAGCUUGAGAAUGGACCUCCAGAACGAAUUAAGUUCUUAACUCAAGGUACCACUGUAUUUGGCCACAAGGAAUUGGUCCACUAGGUUAGUUUGAAACGAUGUGGUGAGUUCGCCAUUUGUAUAAUGCAGGACCGUUGAAAUUACUAUGCACGUGUGGUACUAAUUAGUACAGGAAGUUGUAUUAUUGUGGCGAGAUUGAAGCAGUGACUCCUUACGUCUUUCCUGAUUCUGUGUUCCAAACAUGAAUAAGGGUUGAUGAGAAGUAAGACUUGAUGUAUUGCCUUCAUCAGUAUACACUGUCCAAGUGCAGAAGACCAGGAACCGUGGGUGGGCAGAGCGCUGUUGCACUUGGGUCCAGCUGGCACGUGUCCCACUGGCAUCUCUUCAGCCAUUGUGAGAACAGGAUGCUGGGACUAGAAAGGCCAUUGGCCUGAUCCAGCAGGCUUUCCUUAUGUCUUAGAAGAUGGCACAGACUUGGGCCACGUCUUGCAUUGAAAGCACUGUUAUACUACUGUUAAAAGUAGCAACUCAUGGUAGCAGUCAUGGCUUCUCUCAAAGCAUCCAGGGCACUGUAGCUUGUGAAGGGUGCCAAGAGUUGCUAAGGAGACCCCUACAGUUCCCAGAGUGGUUUAGAAAUCAAUAUGUCUUCCCAAGGCACUCUAGAAAUUGUGGCUUUAUGUGGGGAGGCUCUCCUAACAAACUCUUAACACCUACAGCAAUAUAUAGUUCCCAGGAUGCUUUGGGGGAAAGCUGUGGCUGUUUAAAGUGGAAUGAGAGUGCUUUAAAUGUAUGGUGUGGACGUGGCCUUGUUCUCUGUUGUUGAAGAGGACAGUAGUUACUAGGAGUGAUGGACAGAAAUGACAACAAUGCAGAUUUUGGCUAAACAUUAGAACAUCCUUAUGUGCAAGAACCGUCUGGCAGCAGGACAGAUGACCCUGGAAGGUGGUGCGCUCUCAUUCGCUGGAGGUGUUGGAGCAGUGAUUGGACCUGCCUAGCAUCUCAUGAUAUGAUGCUGUAGCUGCAUCAUGCAUUGAAGAUUCACCAGCCUUCCAGCAUCCCUUCUACGUUCUUUGAUUUUAAGAAACUUGGGGAAGUGCUGGAAUCUUGGCUUCAUUUUUAAAAAAAAGUUUCUGGCCCUCACGGUUGCAGAGAAAAGCAUGAAAAUAGGAAGACGGUUGAAGUGGCCAGGAAUUCGAGGGGUUCUGGGCAGGUUUCCAGCGGGUCAGGGUGGAGUUUCUGUGCCUGGCACAGCUGUGUAUCUUCUGCCCUUAUUCUCCUGUUGUGCCUCCCUCCAGCCUUGCCAAAAACGAGUCAAAUUCUGCAAAUCCCCAGCGAAAAUAUACUAUGCAUUAUAAGUAACUUUACGGAAAUUUGCUUGGCUUUCCAUAAUUUAUUCUGAGUGGCGUAUUUGUGUUUCCUUGGCAUGGAUUUUGGAUUCCUUGGCAUUGGCUUUGGAUACUUUCUUUGGCCAGAAGUACUGGAGCAGGAGACCACUUGUGUUGCUGGAAUUUCGGGACUUUGCCUGUCUGUGGUUAUUGAAAAUGACGGUGGCAGUUUUGCUUUAGAAAUCUCUCUCUCUCUCUCUCUCUCUCUCUCUCCCUCUCCCCAUCUAAACUAGCCUGACUCCAAUUCUGAAAACAUACAAUUCACCACCAGGACAUCCUUUAGAGUCUAGGCUGGGUGCUAUGCCCUUUUUCCUUUAAGAUCAGCUGGUUAAAAUCCAGAGCAUGAUUAAAAGGUAAGCUACCAGUCUUAGCAUUCAAGGGAGAAGAAAAGCUGUUAUUUCCUUCUGCAGCUGAUUGCCAGCUGCGCUCCUGUUUUCCCACUGCAACCACUUUGUCUCAUUUCUUGACUGCCAAAGAAAGAAGAUUGGGAUAUUUUGGGAUUCUAUCAGCCUUUCUAAACCAGCAGGAGAAUGAGCAGGAGGUAUAUUGAAAAGAAAAGUUGAGGGGGAGAGUAAAGGGAAACAUUAGGGAGACUUUUUAAUCAUCAGAUUAGGACAGCCAUGGGCAAACAUUGCAGGCGUUUGUGAAGUCUUGCAAAUAAGUCUAAACAAGUAAGAACCAUCCAAGUAAAGCUGCCCUAGUCUAAAACAGAGUUUCUCAAAUGGCGACCUCCAACUUCUAUUCAGAUUAUUUGCUGGAAGGUUGUGGAACACUUUGUUCAUAAAGAACAGCAUGUCCAUCAGAGUAGAAAGGCAAGCCCACAGUUAUCACAACACACAUUUAUCAUCAUCAUCAUCCAGCCUUUUCCCCAGACAACUUACAGAAUAAGUAUAUUAAGUGGUCUGUGCAAUUAUUAAGUAGUCCACAGAGGGAAAAUUUGAGAAACUCUGGUAUAAAAGAAACCAGAAGCCAAUGUUUCUAGGGCUUCGCAUGUGUAGUUGCCUGUGGUGGACAUUUGCUUGCGGCUGGUAACCAGGCAAGUGGCUGUUUACAAGCAUGAACUUAUUCCUAACUUCCAAUUCAUGUUGUGUGAACUGCAGGGAGGAAGGGGAGAGAAAUUAUGCCUCAGACCCUUGAACUCUGUAUUCAGAGGGUCUCUAUACACCCACAAGGAGAGGGUCUACAUUUAUUUGGGGGGGGUGUACUUUUUACCUUGUUUUUCUGUGGCAUUUCCGUCAUCAGGUUUGCUGACAUGUUCUUGGGCAAACAUUUUUCUGAGGUGCGUUAGGCCAUGAGGAUGCUCUGUGUGUUUGCCGUAUGGGUUGGAUAGCCUAGAAAUUGCCAUUCAGCUCAUAAAGAAAGGAAAAACCACAAUGUUCUUCUGCAUUCUUGCAAGUGUAUUUCAUCCCACAAGUUUUGUCAGUUCAUAACUCAGUUGUUGGUUGUUUUUAGCAAGAACAGGUGAUGUCUGCUUAGUGAAUAAAAUUUGCUAUGUUGCAUUUUUUCGUGUUACAGCUUCCUCCCACUCCUUUGCUGUGCUGAGAGGGUCAAAUAACUUGUUCGGUUUCUCCUAUGCUUUCAGUAUUUCUUUCUUUUUUCUAAAGAUAAGUAGACACAGAGGGGAACAAGCUCCUGUCCUGCUCCUUUCCCCCUCUCCCAGCAGAAAUACAUAACUAAUUGGGGCUUCUAAUCAGAACACUUAAUCAACAGGCUGUGUGCAAAUCCAGAUGGCCAUUUGUCAUGGAUGCUUUAAUUGAGAUUCCUGCAUAGCAGGGGGUGGACUAGAUGACCCUCAGGAUCCCUUCCAACUCACCAGUUCUAUGAUUCUGUGAUCUUGCUUGCCCCCCUUUGCACACAUUCCACCUGGUCAAUCUCCAUCUUAAACUGUGGUGCCCAGAACUGGACACAGGACUCCAGGUCUGACCAAGUCAGUACAGAGAGGUACUAUGACUUCCCGUAAUUGGGACAUCAUACAGUGGUACCUCUACUUACAAAUGCAAUCCAUUUCGGGGUGCUGUUCACACCCCGAAGAGUCUGUAAGUAGAGUGCAGCUACUGUGUGUGUGCGAAGCACGCAGAUCGCUUCUGCACAUGCACGCGGGGCGAACAGUUUGCUGCGUUUGUAACCUGAAAAGCCGCAACACGCAGCAAACGUAACAUGAUGUAUGACUGUACUUUUUGUGCUGAUGCAUCACACUGUUGACUCCUGUUUGUGGUCUACGAAGGUUCCUAUAUCCUUUUCAUAUGUACAGAUGUCAAGCCAGGUGUCUUCCAUCAUAUAUUUAUGAAUCUGCUUAUUCCUGCAGAACCUUACAUUUGUCCCUACUAAAAUUCAUUUUGUUAGUUUGGGCCCAGUUCUCCAAUCUGUUAAGGUCAUCUUGAAUCCUGAUUCUGUCUUCUGAGAUAUUUAUUUAUAAAUUUUGUAAAAAGAAAGCAAUAGGCCGACCCUUCCAUUAGGCAAGCUGAAUCAAUGGCAAAUUUGUCCCUGCCAGCCCCUGCUCACUUGCCUUGCCAUCCGGCCCAAACAACGGACAGCUGACACCACCUGCCCACCUGGCUCAUGGCCAACCCAUACCUUCCUCUGAGGCAUUUUAGGCAAGAUGGCCCAAGAGAGUGCUUGCAACUCUACUGCCUUUCCACAAUAACUAGAAAUUAGUUUUAAAAAUUAAUUAAAGGGAAUAAAAAUUAAAGGGAAUAAGAAAAAAUUUAUUCCUGUUAAAAUGAAAUGUUACAGCCCUAAUUAUUAGUUGACUAAUGGAUUACACUUGUAUACAGUAGUAGUAGUAGUAGUAGAAGAAGAAGAAGAAGAAGAAGAAGAGUUUGGAUUUGAUAUCCCGCUUUAUCAUUACCUGAAGGAGUCUCAGAGUGGCUAACAUUCUCCUUUCCCUUCCUCCCCCACAACAAACACUCUGUGAGGUGAGUGGGGCUGAGAGACUUCAGAGAAGUGUGACUAGGCCAAGGUCACCCAGCAGCUGCAGGUGGAGGAGCGGGGGAAUCGAACCCGGUUCCCCAGAUUACGAGACUACCGCUCUUAACCACUGCACCACACUGGCUCUCAUGUAGUACCUCUGGUUACGUACUUAAUUCGUUCCGGAGAUCCGUUCUUAACCUGAAACUGUUCUUAACCUGAGGUACCACUUUAGCUAAGGGGGCCUCCUGCUGCCGCCGCACCGCUGCUGCGCGAUUUCUGUUCUCAUCCUGAAGCAAAGUUCUUAACUGGAGGUACUAUUUCUGGGUUAGCGGAGUCUGUAACCUGAAGCGUAUGUAACCUGAAGCGUCCGUAACCCGAGGUACCACUGUAUUAUCCAAACGUCAGUAUAGGAACAUCGGAAGCUGCUUUAUUCAGACCAUUGACCCAUCAAGCUCAGUGUUGUCUACACAGAUUGGCAGCAGCUCUCCAGGGUUUCAGGCAAGAGACCUUCCCAGCCCUGUCUGGUGAUGCCGGGGAUUUUGAACCUGGGACCUUCUGCAUGCAAAGCAGAUGAUCUAUCUGCAUAGAGCUCUUUGGAGACAUCUUGGCACCAUUUAUUAAAAUGUGAAUUAAAACUAUGGUUCAUUCUUAGAAGGGAAGGCCAUUUUAAUGUCCUUCAAAUUCUGAACUCUUCCAGUUAACCCCACCUAAUUAAAUAAAUUAAUAAACUGCUCCGUUACAAGCACCCCACUCCUUACUGAUGCUUGUAAGCAGGGUUGAAGGCAGGCCAGCACUAAGCAAGGUUGUAGUUCCCUUUUGGAUACGAUGCAAGAGGCACACCAGAGAGGCUGUUUUCCAUAACACUGUAUAUGUAUACCAGCUGUUCUUGAUAAUUGCAGGGCAGAACAAACUGCUUUAAAAUGGGCUGAAUCUGCAUUUCCUCACCCACCCCAAAUGAAAGCUCCUGGCAGAAGCCCAAAGGGGCUGAUAGGAAUGUGUUGAAGGAGGAAAAUGGAAUCAUGAGCAUUUAAAAAACACCUCAAUCAUGAAUGUUGCAGGUUCCUUGGUCCAUCAGUUCAGUGGAGCUGCCACAAGUCAGCCACAGGUAGCUGCACCAAGUGGGAGCCAGGUGCUAGGAUUCAUGGGUCAGCAUGGGAAGGUCAAACCAGAGAGCAAGCCAGGAGUGACUCUGGUUACCCACGUACAGCCCCUGACCAAUCAGGAAGUCUUUGGAGCCCUUCCUGUUGAAGAGAGCCAAUGGUCGGCCUGGACAGGUCCCUCACUGCCUGGGAGAUGCUACAGCCAGUGUUAGAAGCUCAGGUAUAUAAGCUAGGUGACAAAUGGCUCCUUAAACCAGGGGUACAGUCACCAAAAUGGAAUAUCUACAGUAGUUGCCACUUUGGGGCCAGACAGCUCAAAAGUUGUAUUUUCCAGGACAACUUUUCAUUCUGAUUUUGUCGAUAAAAUAUAAUGGAUAGAAUUGUACAGGAUGUGGUAUUAGUGUGUGAAAAGAGUCCAGAUCCAAGGAUCCCCAGGCAGGCACCUCCAGAUGGUGAAGACGUCAGGUGCCAUCCUGGCACUUAGGCAUCUUCACUUGGUUGCAAGCGGCUGAUAGCCAGGGGCAAAAUGUGCCUGGUGAAUUGAGAAUGUCGCUGCAGCCUUUAGAAGGUUUUUCCGUUUGGGCAAAUGGGGUCCUGUCACACCACUCUCUGCCUGCCUUAAUCCUCCCCCUGUUGCCUGGAGAGGAAAGAUCUUUCUUUUUCUUUUUUGUGAUUCAACCUUUAGGAGUGAGCUUUCUGGUAUGCUGCUGGGAGGUGUUUUGGGACAAAGUGAGGCAAAAGCAAAAUAAGUAACUAAUUAGUAAUAAUAAUAACAACAGCAAAACAACCACAGUUUUAUAGGAUGAAGCCGUUUUAGUGCCUUUUGUUACCUUCAAGCUUUCUGAGCUGGGAGAUGCAAUUCCACCACCGACUACUUAUCAUCCAGAUGUUUUGAACUUCAAUUCCCAUAAGCUCCAGCCAGCACAGCCAUGGUGAGCUGUCGUCCAAAUCACCCAGAGGGCACCAGGUUGGGCAAGGCAGGCUUAGAGAGUGAUGUGCGGAGAGCUAGUGCAGUGUGGUGGUUAAUACAUUGGGCUAGGACCGCAAAAGCCUGCAUUGAAAUCCCCACACUGCCAAGAAACUGACUGAGUGACCUUGGGCCAGCCGGCCAGCCACUGUCUCUUAACCUACCCUACCUUAUAGGGCUGUUGUGAAGAUUAGACAGCAUACGGGUGCUUUCCUGAGCUUUUUUUGGGAAAGAACAAAAAUAUAAUAAACAGUCAGGGUUGGAACCAACUAAAAAACCCCAAAUGUCAUAACCUUUCCUCAUAGAGGAAUUGCUCCAACCCUUUAAUCGUUUUGGUUGCACUUUCCUGAACUUUUUGCAGUUCCAUGAUUUUUGAGGUGUGGAGACUAGAACUCCCCAGAGUUUCCCAAGUGCACCCAUACUAUACAUUUGUGCAUCAUCAUCAUAUUGGGUGCUUUCUUUUCAAUCUCUUUCACAGUGAACUCUAACCUGGGAUUUGCCCUUUUCACAUCAGCUGCACAGGUAGACACCCUGAGUAAGUCACGCUCUCAGCUUAACAAGGAUUCUUGUGAGCAUAACAUAGGAGGUGAGAGCCACACUGUUACCUUCAGCUUCUGAGUGGAAGGGGCAAGAUAAAAACGCAAUACAAAAAGUAAAUACAAAUAUACCAAGGCCCCUGAUUUGAGAUCACCCAUCCCUGAGGGCUGGGCAAGGAAGCCUGGAGGGCGGUUUUCAGCCCUGAGCCUGAACAUGCCCUUCCUCUGACUAGGAGAGGAGGUGAAAUUUGAAUUGCGUUCACAUGUAAAGGCAAACCUACCUAAUUUGCACAUUUCAAAACUAUAUGGGGACCAAAACACAACAAUUCUUCAAAGUUCACACGUCUUUCAAUUUUCUUUGCAGUUCUCCAGGCAGGUAACGUGAAUAAAAAUGCAUAUAACGGGAGAGACAUGUCCAUAAAAAUGCUUAUAUUAGUGAAAAUAAUAUACAAAAAUGUGUUAUUUAAGGGGAAAUGGCUUUGCAAAAAUGUGUAUCUUGGGCAGAAUUGCAUACAAACAUGUGUAUGGUAGGAUUAAUUUCCACUAAAAUGUUGAUGAAUUUUCAUGAGGGCUACACACACACACACACACACACACACACACACAACCAACCACAGUGCCAUUGAGUAAAGGGCCAGUUUUAUGGUCCCUGGCAUUGGAGGCUGCUGCACUGGGGCAAAUGGGGCACUGCCCCACUGAUCUCAGUCUGCCUUCAGCGUGCAGCCACACCAGUUUGUGGGCUCUGACCAUCAUUGGUCUGCCUGCCGUUGGUUCUAGCUCCACCCACUAGUGUUCUCCCUACCUUCUGUCUUCCCAGUCCCAAUGGGCACCGGUAUCCAUGGAUGGCACACUGCGGACCUCCCUGUCUGUGGGUGGAGAUGGUCAACCCCAGAGACCUUUAUGUUGUCGCUACUGGAAAAAGUGGUGUGUAAACAUAGUAUUUGCAUAAAGCAGCAUAUACUCAGCAAGCAAAAGUCUGCCAAAAUAAAAAUGCCCUUGCUGACCUGUGAAAAACUGCCACAGAGGGAGCCGUCCACACUUCAGUGGGCCAGGUGUUCCAUAGUUACUGGUGCAGCCACUGAGAAGGCCCUGUCCCUUGUUGCUGUUGAUGCUCCCUCCACCCUGGAUGGGAUGUAGAGAUGUUUGUUGUCCCUCUCUCCUUCGCAAUGGAUCCUCAGAAGCUCUAUUUACGAUCUCCCAUGUGGCAUUUUGCGCCCGACACGUUACCUUCAUCAUGCUCUCGUUAAAAGCCUCAGGGGCACAGGAGCAUCUGAUCAAAAUGAAGAUGGCAAAAAGGCAGUUAUUUAAUUUCAGCCAUGUCAGAAAACCCACUCUCCUGGGCCCUCCCCAUACGGUUUUCAUUGAUGUAGCAAAAACCCAGAAACAUCUGUGAAACAGGGAUGGGCUUGUUUGCUGAGCUCAGCAGGAGGGAAGCUUGCGGUUAAGCUUGGUUUUGCCUCCUUGCAGGUCCUUUAAAAACAAAAAGCCAGAACAAAAAACCUUGGCUCUCCGAGAGCUCUAGCUGGGCAGGCAAGCAGAUGGAAAGGGGCAAGGGGUGUGUGUGGGGCAGGCAGAGGCAGGGGGAAAAGCCAGGAAGGGAUGGCACAUCAAACCAGUGUGUGUUGGGGGGGGGGGGAAGACAAAGACAGAAGCUGGAUUCAGACAACCAAUAAUUUCCUAACCCUCAGAUGUUUUUACAGUCACUGUGGGGGUGGAAUUCACUAGAACUGGGACAUAAUGAAGUAUAACUUAGGCUGUUCUGUGGGGGACGACUAUUUUUUAUAUGUUAUAUGAAAAUGUUUAAUGUUUAUAUGAUUUUGGGUUUUUUUAUGGUGUAGCAUAUUUAUGUUACUGUUUUUAAAUAUAAAUUGCUUGGAGACCUUUUUAGGUAACAAGUGACUAAAGAUAGAUCGUAAUAGCACAAGAGCCCUGUGUGACCAGAUCAAAAAGUCACCUUUGGCUAUUUUUAGUAUAAUAUUAAGGAAAUGUAUAUAUUGCCCUUCAUUAUGCAGUUACCACAAGGUGUUUUCCAACAUAAUAUAUAAAGAUUAGUCAUAUUGUACAGUACUAUAAACUAAAAUCCAGUUUACAGCAAUUACAGGUAAACAGCAGCUGAUCGGAUAAACUAAAGUCUUAAGCACCAGCUGAAACGGAAAUAAAUUAAAUACUGUAUUUCAAAAAGCUUGAGAGAUCAGGUAUGUUCUAGCCAUGUGUCUAAAGUUUAGUCAACGUAUCUAUCUGUGCCUCUAGUUCUUGUUUUUAAUCUCUAUGCUGCCUUGAGUCCCAUCACGGAAGAAGGCAGGGUAUUUUUUUAAAAAAAAUCUAAUAAAAGGGGUUGUGAGUUCUACAUUUGGGGCACCAGUACAGAGUAGGCCCUGUCCCUACCUUGCUGGGUUCAUGGCCCAUCUCAGUCUAUAAAGGAAAAGGUAUCAAAUACCUGGACAUUUGGUGCUUUAUAAGCCAAAACCUACAUCUUGAAUUGGGCCUGGUAAUAUAGACGCAGCCAAUGCAGACUCUUCGUACAGAAGCACUUGCCAAUGCUCUUGUGGCAUCAUUAAUAAUGAUUGCUGAAUAUUGAGGAAUACCUUUAUGUGGACUAGUGGCUGGUGAAUUUAACUUUUUUUGGAGCAAUCUAUCCUAUAUAAUAAUAACUGGGCAACAGUAUUGAAAGUCGCAGCUAGAACAUAUUAUGAUUUAGAACCCAGUCUUCAAAUACUUGCCUGGGAAUAUGUUGCACGGAAUUCCUCUGAUCCAGGGAGCCUUGCGUACAGACUGCCCACUCAGAAUGCCACUAUUUUCUGCAAGUCACUUUGGGUCACUUCUGUGAGGAAAGCAAUUAAUAAGUAUGGUAAAUUAUUGACACUGUUCUAUGCUAGCUGCAGACCAGCUUCCUUUAUAUGCCACUUCCCGUCCAUUUUAUCCUCACAACAGCAACCCUGUGAAGUAGGUUAGGCUGAAAGUGACGGGCACAAGUGAGCUUCGUGGCUGAGCAAGGGUUUGAACCUGGGUUCCCCUGGUUCUUCUCUGCCACUCCAACCACUACACCACACUGUCUCUCUCCUAGUCCAUUCUGCUUCCAGCUGUGGCCAGCUGGGUACUUCUGGCAUGCAAGCACUGUGCAAAGGGCAUGACCCUCCCUAGCAAUGGCAUUCAAAAGUGUGCGCUGUCUGAACAUGGAAGUUAAAUGGCUAAUGUCUAGGGCCCCCCAUGAGAAUAGAGAGUAUGCAGCCAAACUAUGGACGAGUGUCAGAAAUCUCUUUUUCUGCAACUAAGUCAGAACUUAGGAAGCUGCCUUGUACCAAGUCGGACCACUGGUCCCCUUAGUUCAGUACUGUCUACACUGACUAGCAGCAAUUCUCCAGGUUUUCAGAGAGUGCUACCUGGAGAUGCCAGAGGUGGAACCUGCAACAUUUUGUGUUCUGCUCCUAAGCUGUGAGCCUUCCCUUAAGCUGUGUUGAGAGUGGAGCCGUGUGUGCACAUGUUCCCUUCAUAAGCCUUGCUCCUUUGGAUUUCCACAACUGGUCCUCCUCAAAGGAAAAGAAAGGCUGGUUGUCUGAAUGCACUCGGGGCUCGUCCAGACUUCCUUUUGCACCCUGCUCUCCAGGCACAGGUCCACACUUUGAAGCUCCAUGUCUGCGUGAGGUUUCUUUUUGGUCCUGGCACUUUCCCUGGGGAAACCCAUUUUCACCACUGGAUCAAAACAAAUGGCAAUGCAUGGAAUAUUGCCUUUUGCUCUAAUUCAGCAGUAAAGUGCAGGUUUUUCUGGGGGUGGGGGAGGCUGGGAUGAAAAAGAAAGUGCAGCACCAAAGGAAGUCUGAAUAAACCCCCAGAAAAGAAGUGUAUUCUGUGGGUGUUCCAACAUUGGAGCAGCUGAGGCAGGUGACAAUGAAAACCCUUUGGAACUGACAAGGGGCUCGUCCACACUUCCGCUUGUCCCUUGCUUAGAGAGCAUUGGUCUGAACGGUUUCCCACCUGCCCCUUGCUUUCUAGGCAUGGGCCCAAGCGGUUUAGCCUUUGCCCCACUGUUUCAUCCCGGAAAACCCACUCUUUUGCGGUAAAUUGGAACAAACUGCAGUUUUGCAGAAAAUGCAGUUGCUGUUUGUUCCAAUUCAGCGCUAAAGAUCAGGUUUUUCUGGGGGCAAACAGUGGUGCGGAUAAUAAGAAUUAUUAAUAUUGUUAUUUAUUAAAUUUGUUUAACGCCCUUCAUCCAUAGAUCUCAGGGUGGUGCACAGCAUAAAACUACACGAUAAAAACACAAAAUGCAUAAUAAAAACAAGAAUAAACGAAUAAUCCCCCCUCCUAAGCCCAAAGAGUGCAUGUAGAGCUGAUUACGUAAUGGCACACCUCCAGAUGACACAGAUUGAAGCAUCCACAAGUUCAGAUAGACAUGGUUUAAAAAGUCAGCUCGUGUAACCUUCACAAUAAGAAAAAAGUUGUGUGAAUUAACACUUGCUUUCAUAUACAUCUGUUUAGGAGCAGAGUUUAGCCUUGCGGUGCUUCCCAAACAUAUACUUCUGCAUUCUGCAUCCUGGAACACUGUAUGCAUAUUUAAGCCUUCUUGAUCUGGACCUCUGUUUCCUGAUGUUGUUCUGCACUGAUUUUGAGGUGGAAAGCUAACUUGAAGCAUACCCUUGUACACAUCUGUGUUCUGUUAGGAAUGUAAGAGCCCUACUGGCUCAGACUAGCAUCGUGUCCUCACAAUUCCAUGUAUGUGAGAAGCCCACAAGCAGGGCACUGUUGCAGUGUGAAAUGUUUUCCCAUUACACACAUGGUGUUUCUGGAACUGGCCCGGGUCUGAGCUGGCCUGUACCAUAUGUGAAAAUUGCGGGUGUUCAUAGGAACUAGGGUGCUUGUGAGAAUUAAACAGGUCCACAGCAAUAGCUUUUCUUACCUAUGCUUAAAAUUAACCACGGAUUCAACUGUAAACAUCUCAGCAGGCUCCAGAUUCCUCAUGUGUUUCCAUUUUGCUCUUCCUCCCAUCCCCCUGCCCUGUAGAUCCCUUAUCUUCUUCUGAAUGCCUCCACAUCAGAAAUAAGGCCUCGGAUGCACCCUGUGUUUUUUGGUGAAAGCAUAGAGGUCAACCCCGAACCGGCACAGGAAAUUAGGUAACGUAUGGGCUUCCUUUUGUGUUCCUGCUUUCUCCUGCAAAAGAUUAGUGGUGUUUAUGAAUGGGUUGGUGGGUGUUUUAGCCAGAGCUGUGGGUGGGGUGAGGGGAAGAAGGAAUGGCUGAAAUUAAAAAGAGUGAAUGGUGUAGAAUAAUAGGAGAGUGUGAGUGGGGUGAGGGGUGGGGAGAUGGAGGGGUCACCGCUUAGAUCUCACAUUGAAUUCAUCUCAGAUCUGAGGCAGAAAAUCACUGCCAGCUGUUGAGCGGCCUGAACUCAGUGAAUUGGUGGUCUUAGCUCAGAGACAGCCCAUGUGAUACCCUCCAGAUGUUGCUGGGCCACAGCUCACGUCCCCCUGACCCCUGGCCAUGCUGGCUGGGACCUGGUGGCAGCUGCAGUCCAGCAACACCUGGAGGCACCAGGUUGUCUCUCCUUGUCUUAGCUCAACUCGCAAUGGGUGGGGAAGAUUUCUGUUGAAUUUUCCCUUGCUUGCCAUGGCAGCUUGCACCCGUCACAGCUUUCAUUUGGCUGUCCAUUCUUUUUCAGUGCUUGAUUAUUGUGGGUGGGUAGGUAGGUGAAAUGAAUGGGUCCUUAAUGAAAUCCAGAUGUUCCAGCUCCUUCCAGUUUUGACCAAAUUUUCCCCUCUAUAGAUUUCCAAAACACUAGCUAAGGGGGGAUCACAAAAGGUCAGGGGGCCAGCCCCCAAAUCCCUUGUCCCUCACACCUCUGUAAUUUGUAGGCUGUCUCGUUUCCUGAAUCUCCUUUUGCUGAGCAGACUUAUGCGUUGUUGCGCUAUCCAGGCUGACAAGUCGUUGGACUCGAGUUCCUAUCAGCCCCAGCCAGCGUGGCCAGUGGUUGGGGAUGGUGGGUGUUGUGGUCCCAAAUCAUUGGGAGGGCUUCUCCCUCUGUGUAGAAGAUGGGCCUGUGCUCUCAACCAGGUGGAACAAAGAAGUAGGAUUGGUAUGAUAUCUUAUGCUGCUGUAACCUGUCAUGGGGAAGGGGUACUAAAUCUAACAAAUAAAAUAAAAGCAAUAGCUAGCGCAGUGACAAGAGGGCCACUUCAAGAUCGUAUAGGAAAGCAAGUGUACGAGACUGAGCUGUGCACCAGGACAGCCCUGGUCCAUGAACACAACUCAUUACGUGACCUUAGGCAAGUACCAUCAGUCCCAAUCUCUGCUGGAAAAGAAAACCAGAUGUGUUGUGCCUUUCUCGUGUCCUUUGUAGCUUACAGUGUCCUGGAGGAGACUGGCUGUCUGGCUAGAUCCAUGAACUAAAACACUCUUGCUUGGAGACCGGGCAGUGGGUGCUGGUCCGUUAAGGGCAAAUGAGGCACUGCCCCAUCAAGUUCUGUCUGUCCGCAGCCAGCUCCCAGCCUUCUUACUUGCACCCAGUCCAACGGGAAGGAGCUGCCUCUCAGCUUCCUCCUCUUCAGUCUCAGUUUUGCCCUUGUGGAACUCAGUAUGAAAGAAGAGGAGGACAAAACAAUAAUUCGUUUGGCUCUGUUUGACAUUGGCUCCGGCUCCACCUACUGACUUCUUUUAUUUAUAAUAUUUGUUUUCCACUACAAACAAUUUGUCUCAAAAGCAAUUUACAGUUUUCAAAAAAGCUUAUCAUUGGCCUUCCUGCCUCUUCUGCCCUACCAGCCAUUUCUGAAGUGAGGACAUACUUCAGUAUUUGUUGAAGUACGCACUUGUGGUGAAACCUUUCAUAAUCAUCCCAGGUGUCUGCUGGGCUUGGGUAUUUUCACAGCAUUUAGGGCUAAAGCUGUGCCAAUCAACAACACCGCUAACCCAGAGAUCCCAAGAUCAUGGUUCUCCCUUUGGAUGGUAGUGAACAAUUUAGCCAUUGCUCUAAUGAUGGCAAAGAACUGCUCUGACCUCUCACCAUUCUGGAAUUCUUCUGAUAGGCAGAAAUUACCACCUCCAUCUUCUAGUCUUUCUGUCUUAUAUUGUGAGGGUUUAAGUUGUGUGCUGAGGGGUAGAGUUGCCCAUCUCCUACUUCCAUGUUUUUGGAGUCUGCUCCAGUGCUCUGUGGUCAGAUUCUUCUCUGAGGGUCUCCAUUCCUAGCAAAGCCCAACAGCCCAACCAUAUGUGGGCAUGACAGUAGUGGUGACAUCAGACUCUUGUCCAUCAGUGAAUGGCAGUGAGAGUCCUUGACAUUGCUGCUGAAUUUUGCUUUUAAAGGCAAAAAUGUAAGGUUAAGUUCAAGUGUGUUUUUUAAGUGGGUCAAACUUCCAAAACAUUUUAAGGGAAGCCAAUGUGAUUUUGAUGCAACGAGUGACAUUUCUCAUUUGGGGUUCUUCUCAACCUUCCUUUGGUGCUAGCCAGUGAUGUUCUGGUGCUUGCUGGUGUGCCGAAAUGCUUCUGCAGCUUUCUACCCAGUGUCAAUGCCACCCAUGCACCCAACUUUUAAAGAGUAGCCUUUGAAAUUUCAAGGCGCCACUGACAAGGAUGUUUUUCCAAUUGCCAUCGAGGGCUCCUGCUGUCUGCACCAAGCAACUUGCUGGCCUCUGAGCUUAGCUGUGCAAAACUCAUUAAGCAGAUUGUGUUACGUGUGCCGUUUGGUGGGCCAAGCCUCCUCCAGGGCGUUGGCAAAUGCCGUGCGCCACACCCAGCGUUUAAUCUUUUUAUACACAGAGCUGCAAAUUCCUCAGCUGCUGCUUGGUUGCGCCUCCAAGAUCUGGAAGCAUCAAACCAUGUAAAACCCCUACGGCAACCUGGCAGCAGGAUGCUUUGCGUGUCCCUCCUGCUUCUUUGAAGACAGAGAUGCUUUUCACAGACUAUAAAAGCUGCUUCUUCAAGUUGGGUGUGCAGUGAAAGAAUGCAGUGAAAACUAACAGGGAUCUAUCUAGAUAUCUGUUUGUGAAGUCUGUUCCAGCUUUGGCUAAUAUUUUAGGACACUUACUAUAGACACAGAGAGACGAGCUAGAUAUUGAAACACCAGAUUUGCAGGGAGAUGUAGGUUUUUUCCAGUUAACUCCCCACCCCUCCAAGACACAAAUCAGACAAAUUUGACAAAAGAUGUGUAAGUGGAGAAGACCUGAAGAAAAUGUGGAUACCAGCCUCCAAGGUUUCCUUACCUGAUCGUUGCAAAAGCAGACUUGAUGAAUCUAUUCUGGUGUUUGCUUAUGAGCAGGGCUGGCGUAAGGGUAUUUUGCGCCCCAGGCAACCUCUGAGUCACUCCCCCAGUUCUCACUCAUGAGCAAUUGUUCUGUUCCAGAACAUUUUGGUUCCAUCUCUCAUUAGUUUCCCUGCCAACUGCCCUUCAAACAUGGAAGUGGCUCAAACAUGGAACUGGAAUAAAGUGAGAAGAGGAGGAGAUACCAUCAUUUUUUGGCAGCAGAGGAUGAAAAUGCAAGUCCCUGCCCUGAGCUGCCACCUCAACUCCCCCCACCCCCAAAUAUGGGACAGAGUCGGGGCAAGGUGCCAUUUCUUGGUCCCCCAUGGCUCUGUAUCAGGUACGGUGUCCAUAUGAGAGAGAGGUACUGAGUUUCCCCCCAAAAAAACAACAACACUUGAGCAGACGCAGGAUGGGGGAUAUACAACUGGUCCUUCCAAAGUUGAUGGGCGUUGUGAUUCAAAUGAUGUGUGUGUGCUGUGUCAUGUGAUCAGUUAUGUGGGGUGGGGCUUACCUCCCCCCCCCAAUAUUUUCUUCAAGUUGGCACCACUCCUGGUCUCCCUCCCUGUAGGACCUGCCCCACCCCACUGCCAACAAAUCCCUAAUUCUGCUGGGCUGGUCAGGCUGCAACCACUGGCUACAUUUGCCUAAUCACAUACAGUGGUACCUCCGGUUGCGAAUGGGAUCUGUUCCGGAGGUCCGGCUGGAUCCCGAGGUUUUUGCAACCUGAGGAUCGCUGUUAUACACAUGUGUGUGGCGGUAGACGUGGGUGUAGCCAAGGGGUGCAAGGGGCAGCUGCCCCAUCAAGUAAAUGAAUAAAAAUAACUAACUGACCAGUUGUGUCACAGACAACUCGGUUCUGCUCCCCCAACAUAAAGCCUCCCCCCCCCAAAUAUAUCCUGGCUAUGCCCAUGCACUCUAGUGAGCCAUCUCUGCUUCGCACAAGCAGUAAAAAGGGCAGGAUCAGGCCCCAGCCGGCGAGACUCAGCUCCAGUGAAACCCUGGUGAGUUUGCAGCCGUAAACAUCCUUUAUCCAGAAAGGGGAAAGUGCCAACUCUCGUGUGACUCUCACAAGACUUGAACGGGGCAGGCAAAAACAAGUGCUGCAAGAGUUGCUAAGAAAUCCAUUUCCUGCUAGACAAAAUUUUGGGGGUUACGGGGUGAUCCUGCCUCUUUUUCUACUUUUUAUGCCAUGCCCCUAUGGCAGCCAUUUUAUGAGUGGGACCUACGGCACUUUCUCAGUAUUCCAAAUGUGCCCACAGGCCCCCCAAAACUUGCAACUCAGGGUCAGAUAUGGUUGUGGGGAAUAGGAUGUGGGACUUGAGCAGGUCUUUGGUUUGAUCUUGUUGGGGCUCCACUGAAGUUCUUGUGUGUGACUUCUUGUUGCCCCCCCCCUUCUUAAAUUUCAGGUGCAACUCUGAGGUAAAAUAUGGUUCUGAGAGGCAUUACAGGGAUGAUGUUUUCUACUGCCCAAUGCCCACUGUCACCACUUACAGCGAGACCGUCAUUGCUGCCCCCAACUGCACAUGGCGAAACUACAAGUCCCAACUCAUCUUUGAGCCGCGCCAGAAACCCCUGAGGUUCCAGAGUACAACAAUCAUCUUCCCCAAACAUGCCAAGAACAUAUACCGGACCACACUCAACUAUAGCCUUGGUUCUGCCAAAAGAUGGUUUGCCUCAAGUGUGCAGCUAGAGCUUUGUGAGGAGAACAGCCCCUGCAUUGUCUACACAGAAAAUGUUUAAUGCAGUGUUUUGUUUACUGAAGAACUCUUGACUACAACAUCAACGUAAGGCUUAGGCCUGCGCUGGAGGAGCAGCCUUUUAAGACUUAAUGGCCUUUGGCUGAGGGCAUCCAUUAAAUGGCUCCAGGAUCAUUCAUUUUUCACACACAGGCUUGGAUAUGCCAAGUAGCUUCCCUGCUCCUAGAAGCAGCUGAGGGAGAUAUUCUCAUGUGCUGAAGCAGCUAGAAGCUGGUUCUGGUUCCCCUCAGCCUCGGAUCAAACCUCUUUAAUUAGCACUUGAAUGCAUUUUCAGUAGUGAGGGCCUUCCGUUACUUGGUCGCCAUUUAGAAAUCUUACUAUAGGGUAGUGUGUGGGCCCUCUGUAGCAUGUAGGAUGUGGCCAAAUAUAUCCUUAGAGAAAGUGAUUGUGUCACAGAAGAUCAUCUCCAGUUUGGCAAAGACUUGGCUUUGCAAAGACAUCAGGUAGAUCAUGGCAGGCAGUUCUUAGUCAUAUCAAACAUUAAUUUUGUCCUGGGAUCUUAAGUAGAAGUCCCAGCACAAUAGAUAGGGGUGGAAAGGCAAAGGGCAUCAUUUUUGCCAAUGAGCAGGAGUUGCCAAAUCACUGCUGCACAGGGGCCAUUCGUGGAAACCAGGCGUUUACAGUUCCUGGGCAACCAGCUGCCUUUAUAAAGGAAGCCAACGAGAAGAUUCCUUGGGCACCUGCCUCCUUGUGUGGAUAUAACAUAUGGAAAAUAGCUGGACGUAUAGUUGAAUGUGUGGGGAAAGAGUUAACAUGUGGACUCAUUCCUUCAGGAGGCUGCAUUUUUUUACUUUUUGCUAAAGAUCUGGAAGAUAAUAGCUUUUUAAAAGACGGUGUUUGAGACCAAAGGCCUUUUUUUUACUUUCUGGAGUAAAGGACUGUAAAACUCAGGCCAAGAUUUCCCAGAAGGGAAGCUUAGCUCUUUAGGGGUAUGAGGAGGGGAAAUGACAUUUGUUCGGAUUUGCAGAUUCACAAACCUAGUAAACCUGAAGUAAAUGGAUGAAACAGGAAGUGACUGUAUGGACAACAGAAUGAAGGGAAGGGACUAGAAAGUAUUGACUUAGUUGUGGAAGCAGUUAUUAAGUUAAUGACAGUUGUGCAUACAAUGCACAAUUGUCUUGAUGGUCAUUAUACAUACUGCUUUUAAGAGCUGUCCUUUCAAAUGGGGAAAGAUGCAUGGUUACACAAAUUGUGCAUCUUAAUGUGCAACAAUUAUUACAUAUCCAUUAUGCUGCUUAGACAUAUUUGUUCUUUUGAAUGGAGGAAAGAGUGCAUUUAAGUCAACUGCACAUGUACCUUGCAACUAUUAUGCAGAUUUUUUAAAAGUGUUCAGAAUAUAUGAUGCCGGUCUUAUUGAAGGCAGAAAAGUUCAUGAAAAUAAAUUGUGGGUGGGUGGGUGUCAUAUAGCUUCUAUACAUGAAUGGAUUCUUACUGGCUCAUCACAAACAUCUUACUGUUCUUUCUGCAAUGCUGGCUUGUUUUUCCUGACUUCAAGACUAAAAUGCAAGUGAGACCCAGGCCUUAGUUUUGUUUAUUGCAACAGCUAUUGCCUCAAAAUGUUUCCAUGCUGAGUGAUGGCAAAUGUCGUUUGAACCUUUUUUUAAUUUAUAAGCCAUGUUGUGUGGCAUAAUCAACCUCCAUCCCAUCCCUUUAAAAAGUGUGUGUUGUGGAGGGUGGGUGAAGCUCUUUACUGGAAAAUGGCAGCCUUUAAAUUAUUGGAUUCAGAUUAAAGAUGUACGUUAAGGGUACAUCAUGUAUGCAUGCAUCCCACAUUUGAGAACAGAGAACUGUUACAGGUAAACAGCCAAAAGGUUAUUUGCUACAGAUGCUGAAUGCAGAUGCCUAUUUAUCAGCAUGCCUUGGGGUACUUGUGGGUGGGGAAUCACAGGUGCUGUUUGACUUGCAUCUUGCUUGUGGGCUUCCCAGAAGCACUGUGGGGAAUUGUGGCAGAAAGUUUGAGGGCUUGUCCGCGCCAAGUGGUGCAUGUUGCUAAACGGUUCCAGAACUGCUGUAUCUUUGCAAAGAGAAGGAAGGAGCUCUUCCACACGGCUAGUUUCCCAACUGGUCGCAAAAGCUCAUCAAGGGGGUAAAUGGUUGUCUGCUCAUCCUGCCAAGCGGUGACAAGACUUCAAACCUUUAUCCAAAUUUAUCCUACAUCAGAAAUGUGGAGAGGGGAAAAGAGAGGAAUAAUAAUUCUUCUAAUCACUUGGAAGGACACCAUAGUCUGAACUCUCCACCCAUCCAGCCCCCUCCUAUAACUUAACAUCUGCACAUGCCGUUCCACUAAAGCAGAAUUACUAUUGACUUUAGCCAGGCAAGACCCAUGAUAUCCCAAGUAUAAUGGGUGAUAGAAAAUUUAUAUGUUGCCAGAUUCCGAAGAAUUGCAAAUAUAAGAUGAAGCUUUUUAUACAACUGAAGACCUGAAUGCUUGAGGUAGGACUUUAGAAUUGCUUUAUCUAUGCUGUGUUGUGUAGGGAUAUUAUUAAUUUUGCAUUCAGAGCACAUUUUGUACAUUUAAGGGAACUAUUUGCCCCAUUAAAAAGGGGGGUGCUAUUUUUUUAAGUGACAGAACUUUAUGUAUUUAUCCCCCCACCCUGAGAUUGCCAGCUAUUCAGUCUGAGUAAAUUAAGCACAGCUUCUAAAAUCUUGAGUGCCUUACUUCUGUAGUGCCCAAACCUUUCUUGAAUAUUGUAUUGAAAUGCUUUAAUUCUAAAACUUUUAUAUUUCACAACUCUAUACACAAAUGGAAAACAGAAACCUUUACCCAAACUGGCUGCAUUCCACAAAAAAUGGUGCGUGUAUGGUGGCAAUUAAUAUAUGAAGCUCUCCUAUGUCACAAGUGCACAGUGAGUCAGGGCUCCUGCCCCUUGCCCAAAUCCUGGGAACUGCACUUUCUUAAAGGUCUAACAACUCUGCACCCUUAACAAACUACAGUUCCCAGGAAUCUUUGGGGAAGCCAUGAUUCUUAAAGGGGCGUAAGAGUGCUUUACAUUUAUGGUGUGGAGUGGCCUCAUUCAGACCAUUGGUUUGUUUAGCCUGGUACUGUCUGAGAUGGGUAGCAGUGAUGUGCUUUUGUCUUGGGCUGAGAGAUUCCUCCACAGCCUUCAAACUGGGAAACUUGGGAUUGAAUUUGAGAACUUGUGCAUGCAUGGUGUUACUCUUCCCACCAAGCUAUCAUCAUGUAAGCAGUUAGAUCCAAAUGUGUGCUCACGCCUUGCACUAAAGCAUGUGAGAAAAGCAAAACUGUUGCACACAAGCGAAAACAUAAGAAUGGGCUUUGACUAACAUGUAUGUGAAUUGCCAAGCCAAUGAAGAAGACAUUGUGUAGCAUUUGGUCUUUAGACACAACCAAAUUUGCACACACAAGACAGUGACAGAAAGAUAAUUUAUUGGUGUUAAAUGAAGACUAAAAGUGCAUGGUUCCAUGCAGGCACGUUAAAAGCACAAGAUGUGGGUAUUCAAUGUAAAGGUGAAUUUCCCGAGAAUCCCAACUUUCAUUGUUUAAGAAAUCAAGAAGUUACUAGCCCUAGUUGUAGAAUGACACCCACACCAGACAUUUAAAUUAUCUCUCUUCAACGGUAAUGGUUUCCCCUCAAAUAAUCCAAGGAACUGUAGCUUGUUAAGAGUGCCGUAACACUUUGGGAGAAGACAUGUCACUUCAAGCAGUGUAGGAGAGCUUUAAAGGUAUGGCGUGACUAUGACCAGAGUUCAGGCCACUUUAAAUAAUCCAGUGGUUUGGCUGUGGUUGACUUUUUAUCACCCAAAUUAACACACGGGCAAGCUGAAGAGAGCAAGUUUUUCAAGUUCAUGAGUCUGAUAGCACAUGAAGCUCAGGUCUAGCAACAGAUAGCCUCAGAAAGUCCUCUACAUUCUUGGUUUUGUUUACUCUCAUGAGGCAGAACAGCCUUUUUCCUGGCAUGCUCAAGCCCCACACCCUUCUCCAGGUGGUUUAAAUUACAGCACACACAAACAUACACAAAUAAAAGGCCCAAAACACUGUAGCAUUUAAGACGUUUCACAAAAGGACACAAUUCCCCAAACACAUUUGUACAUUGCCACACCCUUUAUGGCUGUGCUAGCAGGCCACUUAGGUGAGGGGCUGGUUACAAGCCUCUUUCAGGCAGCUGUUUCUCUUCAGAAAAGCAGGUGCAGGUAUCCUGUAUUCUCAAAUCCAAUAAUUCUUUCCCUCAGGUGGUAUUUUUUUAAAUUGCAAGUGGCUUGUCCACCCUGAGUAACUAUAUGUUUUCAUACUGCAGUUCCAUAGGGGGAAAGAGUAGGAUUUAUUCCUCUUUAAAUGAAUGGGAAUUUCUCCACCGAGUUAGAUUGGGUGGUUUUUAAAAAGUCCAUGUGGUGUUCUCAGUUGAAACGAGACAUUGCCCAAGUGGAAUGCUACAUGCAAGCCUUGGCGUCAUGUUUAAUAUUAAGCAUUGGGGGAUGGGCAUUGAGUAAAUUAAUGGAUUUGUUUUUAAUCCAUGUUUUUAAACCAUGGUUUGCACUAAGCAUAGACUCCAAACCCUUACUUCCAGAUGUUCAGGCAUCUUUCCACACCUACCCUCCAAAUCCCCAGAUGCUAUCUUAAACAACAGCCUCUUAGGGUGGACUGAUGUUCCCAAGCGAUGGCUUUCAGAGGAACCCGAAAGCCAUGGCUUGUUUCAAAUUGUGUUUUGGUACCUAUAUUGCGAAUUGUCUGUUCCUAAGUUGUGACAAAACCAUGCUCUGGCUGUGCAAAUCAUAAUUUGGCAAUACAUCUAAAUUAUCUAAUAGUUUGGGACACUUUUUUCCUUUCCCAUUCACAAAAGCCACUACAUCUGCGGAAAACUGAAAGUAAAAUUCCAGAGCUUAAAGAAGGCAGUGGAUGCUGAUUUGAUGGUCAGAGGGGAAGUUAGAAGGUAGCUAAUGGCUCUGUUGACAUAGAUAUGUAAUUAUUUUUGUAGCUCUGCUCUUUCUAAGCGCUUACAAAAGUAUUUCUGCUGUUUUAUAUUUUGUGAUAAGGUGUUUUGCAGUGCCUUUUUAUUUUUAUAUCUAUAUAAAUAUGGUAUUUCCCCACAUCCUUUAGUCAAUAAUGUCUUUCUAUUCGACUAAUAGAAAAUAAUUUAAGAAUUUUUAAUAUUGCUAAAAACCCUAUAUAUCAUAAUAAAAUGAUGGAAUGCU